GAAAUUCCACCGGCAUGGCUGCAGUGUGCUCAGCAGGACCCUGUGAUAAGAUGUCUAACAGUUACAGGGCGGCUGUUUUGAGGUUGAGAGGCUGGGAGCCCACAGGAAGUGACUUGGUGCUGAGCUGAUGCAGCUUUGUUCAGCACCCAUCCUGACACAGAAACUGCAGCUGGCACGGCUGGGAAUGGCAACAGAGUGCACCGAUCCUUGGAUAGGAGGGCCACAGAGCCAGGCUCUGAGUCCAGAUGGGCAGUAUGGGGCCUUGGCUUCAGGGAGGUGUGUGCCCUCCUCCACAUCUGCCUCCUGGAGCCUGCCCCGCUGGAGAGCAUACUUGGCUGCUGCUGUUCUCUGCUACAUUAACCUUCUGAACUAUAUGAAUUGGUUCAUCAUCCCAGGAGUGUUACUGGAUGUCCAGAAGUAUUUUCACAUCAGUGACAGCCAUGCUGGUUUGCUGCAGACAGUCUUCAUCGGCUGCCUGCUGGUGUCUGCGCCUGCGUUUGGCUAUCUGGGUGACCGCCACAGCCGCAAGGCCACACUGAGCUUUGGGAUCCUGCUGUGGUCAGGGGCUGGCCUCGCCAGCUCCUUCAUCUCCUACCAGUAUUCCUGGCUCUUCUUCCUGUCCCGGGGAGUCGUGGGCACUGGUGCAGCAAGUUACUCCACCAUUGCGCCCACUGUCCUGGGUGACCUCUUCGUGAAGGAUCAGCGGACCUGUGUACUGGCUGUCUUUUACAUCUUCAUCCCUGUUGGAAGUGGUCUGGGCUACGUUCUGGGGUCAGUGGUGGCAGAGCUGACAGGGAGCUGGCGUUGGGCCCUCCGAAUCAUGCCCUGCUUGGAUGCUCUGGCUUUAGUCCUGCUCAUCCUGCUGGUUCCAGACAUACCUCGAGGAGCAGCUGAGAAGCAGGAAGAGGUGGCUGUAGGGGCUCCAAGGAGCAGCUGGUGUGAGGAUGUCAGAUACUUGGGGAGAAACUGGAGUUUUGUAUUUUCAACCCUCGGAGUGACAGCCAUAGCUUUUGUGACUGGAGCGCUUGGCUUCUGGGCACCCAAGUUUCUGUUUGAAGCUCGAGUGGUCCACGGCCUUCAGCUUCCCUGCUUCCAGGAGCAGUGUGGCAGUCAGGACAGCCUGAUUUUUGGGGCACUGACUGUUGCAACUGGCAUUAUUGGUGUCAUCCUGGGGGCAGAGGCCUCAAGAAGGUACAAGAAGGUGAACCCCAGGGCUGAGCCCCUCAUCUGUGCUUCUAGUCUGUUUGCCACAGCUCCCUGCCUCUUCCUGGCUCUCAUCUUGGCCUCAAGGACCCUCCUGGCCUCCUAUGUGUUCCUGGCCCUCGGGGAGCUCCUUCUGUCUUGCAACUGGGCAGUGGUUGCUGAUAUCCUGUUGUCGGUAGUGGUGCCUAGGUGCCGGGGCACAGCAGAGGCGCUCCAGAUCACAGUGGCCCACAUCCUGGGAGAUGCUGGCAGCCCCUACCUCACUGGACUUAUCUCCAGUGUCCUGCAGUCUGGGCGUCCAAACUCCUAUCUGCAGCGCUUCCUCAGCCUGCAGCACAGCUUCCUGUGCUGUGCCUUCGCCGUCGUGCUGGGUGGUGGCUGCUUCCUACUGACUGCACUGCACCUGGAAAGAGACCAGGCCCAGGCCAGGCAGUCUGGCAAAGGAACUCUGGGCAGCAAGGAUGUAGCCGGCAGGAACAUGGAGAGCCAAGGCCUACUCUCCAGCACCAGCACUGCAGUGGAGAGGAUCCCUGAGCCCAUCUUGCAGUGAUCAGGCUCCAUUCUACCCAUAUCCCCCUAGUAGCCCCCCAUCCUGGCUGUGACUCAGGGACCCCAGCUAAACUACACUUGCCACUUGUUCACUCCCUACUAGAGCGAGCUGCCAGGGACCAGAAGCUGGCUAGAUUAAGUUGUCACCACCCUCCAGGGAGGCUGGGCCCUGUGUCUGCACCCUGCAGGGAGGCCAGGCCCUUAUUAAAACAUGUCCAGUGCAAAAGCUUUGGGAUUUCAGGGAUUCUUAGACCCAUCUUGUUAUUUAUAGCCUUGUGAAGCCUCUGCA